CUGUGCGGAAGUGACACAGCAGGCGCGCGCGCCGUCACGUCACGCGAGACAGCAGAGAAGCCGAGCGAGAAAGAAAACAUCAACAAGAAGAAGAAGAAGAAGAAGAGUUCCCCUGAAAUAAAGCACAGAGACAGGGUGCAGACAUGUCCAACACGUCGGUCACCGUCCUGAAGGGUUGCAUGGACUCCUAAAGGCUAUGAGUUCCUCUGAGCAUGGAGAAGUUUCAGAUGAAGCGAUGCUUGAGAAAGAGCACAAGGAUGUCAAGGACUUCAAAGAGGAAAUGGACGACUUUGCUAUUUGCGAUCCACCUGACGAACUUGGAGGGAGAUCUCCUGGAGACUCUGAGGCAGGCAAGCGAUCCUACGCAGAGCUGGGCUCUAACAAAACCCAGUCUACCAGCAGCAAGAGAGUCAAAGUCUCAUGUGAGAUGAGGCGGCACCUGAUAGAUGAGAGCAGCAUACAUGAACCUCUUUGCCUCACCACAACUGGAGAGAAGAGGGAUCGGGUCCAGCAGAAAUCCAGAGUCUCCUACAGAAAGCCUCUCUUCAGCAUCUCCCACAGGAUCUCAGAGAAGAGGAACACACCAAGUCUGGAGCAGCAGGCCAGCCAUGGUGCCGGGAACACACUAAACUUUAGCAGCAUCUUCUCGUCCAAGCUCCAAAGUUCAGAGGAAAACGGCUCAUUGGAGACCCUGGUCACCACAGAGACUUUAAGCCAGGCGUCCUCUGCAGACUCAACCCUUUACCCGCUGAUUGAGAAAAUGUUUCUCAUUCUUAAUACUCUUAAUUCAAGCAUGACACAACUGCAUAGCAAAGUGGAUUUGUUAACCCUGGAAGUCAUGCGAAUAAAGAAGCAGAUCAAACCAGCUGAGAUGGUGACGGAGUUCCAGCCUCCGCCUGAAUAUCUGCUAACAAGCGAGGAAUUGAAUCAGCUGAUGGAGCAGACGUCCAGCCCCGGAGAACUUGGGUGUCGGCUGCUGGUGCAUCUCUUCCCGGAGCUGUUCAAAGCCAGAGAGUGCUCUCAUGAAUGCAUGGCGAGCAAGAGGACUCUGGAGUCUCUACAUUUGCAGCUGAUCCGUAACUAUAUAGAGGUAUGUUACCCUUCAGUCAAGAGUAACAGUGUCUGGCAGGAGGAAUGCCUCCUUCAGAUUAAUGACUUGUUUAAUCGUUUCUGGGCUCAGAGGGACAUGGAGAGUGCUCGACUGCUCAGGAAGCAGGCGGUCACAGGAGCUGGGAUAAAGACUGAGCAUCCUCAAACCUACCGUUUCAUUAAUGAGCAAGGCCAGGAGGAGCACCUCUCUUUGGAUAACCAGCAGAGCAGCCUGGCUGUGGCAGACCUCGCCUUUGAUACACAAGCCACAGAGGAGCUGGAUGAGUUCUCUUCCCCUGAGGACUUUGUUAUUUUUCUUAUGCACCGUCUCUUCCCUGAGGUUUUUGAAGAGGGGAAAUUGCCAGAAGGUUUUAGCAGCUUCAGCAGUGUGGGGCAGCUCAUCCUGGACUCUGACAAGAUGGAAAUAAUAAGGAAGUAUAUGGAAGCUAAUUUUCCUGAUGUGCCUGAGGACAGCUGGCUUCAGGUUUGCAUUCAGCAUAUGGAGGAUGCACUCGAGGGUCCUCUCAGUAAUGGCAACGGGAGUGAACCGGACAAUAUCAACGAUGAGAGCUACGACCUGGCAAGCCUUCCUGAAGACGUUUCCAUUAUUAAAGUCCCAGAGGUGGGCGACUACGAAAGGCCCGGUCGCAAGUCCAAAAAGUCACUGCUCACACCAGUGGAUUUUGACAAUCUUGAGAUUCCUGAUCCUGAUUUCACUGUUCCCCAGGAGUUCGUCUUGUCCAGGGAGCAGCUGAAGAACAACUAUGAAUGUAGCCUGUCUAUAGGGAACUUUGCCUCCCGGCUGCUGGUGCUCAUGUUCCCCGAGCUCUUCACCCAGGAGAACACACGCAAGCAGUACAACUGCAGCGGUUCUCUUGGUAAAAAGCAGCUGGACCCUGUUCGUGUUAAUCUGAUCCGUCAUUAUGUGCAGUUAGUGUACGCACGGGCCAAGAAUGACCGAGUGUGGAUGUUGGAAUUCGUGGGUAAACUUGAUGAGAGGUGCAGGAGGCGUGACACAGAGCAAAGAAGAUCCUACCUGCAGCAGCGCAAAGCGUACGGUCAGGAGUCAGAGCAGGACUUUCUGUGCCAGCUGAACCAGCUGAAUCCAGAUAGCAUGAGGGAGGAUCUAGAUGUCCCCUCUUUACCCCCAGAAAAAAGUAGCAAAGACUUUUGUAAAAUCCCCCUGGAUGAGCUGACUGUGUCCAUACCGGACUUCCCUGUACCUCCAGUGUACCUGCUCUCAGACACAGAGGUACGGGAAAUCGUCCAGCAGAGUCUUUCUGUUGGGAACUUUGCCGCCCGUCUCUUGGUGCGCCUCUUCCCCGAGCUUUUCACGCAGGAGAACCUGAGGCUGCAGUACAACCAUUCAGGAGCCUGCAACAAGAAGCAGCUGGACCCUGUUCGCCUGAGGUUGAUCCGUCACUACGUGGAAGCAGUGUAUCCUGUGGAUAAGAUGGAGGAGGUGUGGCACUACGAGUGUGUGCCGAGCAUCGACGAACGCUGCCGGCGCCCCAAUCGCAAGAAGUGUGACAUUCUUAAGAAGGCCAAGAGGACGAGCACUGUGUCAUAGUUCAGUACUUUGGGUUCGGCCACACUUUUUGUCAUUAAAUAAUUGCACAUUAAGUAAGCUGACAUGCAUCGUUGAACUUUUACAGACUGUCCCAUGUAGGAUGACGCCAAGCUGUUCUGAGUUUCUUCAGUUCUGUUCUUAGUGAUGUUUUACUUUGGACUACACCAGUAGAUGUUGUAGUUUAUCUAGUCUUAUUAUUGUCAUAGAGUUCAAACUGCUUCUAUUUAUAAGCCAACUGUCAUAGCUUAUCUAACAAACUUUGUUGAUAAAUGUUGUAGCCUUAAAAACAAUAACAAUGAUAGUAGCUUUUAGCAUAGAUCACACACUUGCUCUAUGAAUAGAAAUGAAUCACAAUGAUGUGAUAUGUUUCCUUUGCAGUUACUGAUGUAGCAUUGUGCCACCACUGUUUUAAUAACAAUGUGCUUAUGUUAAGCCUUCUUAUAGAAGUUUAUAUUAUUAAGACAAUUUAACAUGACAAAGGAUCAUGAUAGCCUAUUUCUAAUAAAAUCACUAUUAUAAAUAUGA